CAUCACGGUAAAGGUGGUUGUAUUUCUCCUCCUCCAUCACUGCCUCUCAUGUCGACCUUUCCUCGUCCUGUCCUCAAAGGGUAACCUGCAUCAAGCUUCCAGAAAAAAGAAUAACGAGACAGAAGCAUAACGUCUACAGCAAUGGAAGAGAGACACGGUCUGCACCCCGAACAGAUACUCGGUCCAGGAGUGACAGAGCUGCGGACGGGCGCUGGGGGAGGCAUGUCGCGUCUGUGGAGGUCAAACCUGAUCUCUAGCAGUGCUGCUACUUCACCGAACUCUGCCGGAAAGACUUUCGUGGUGCCCCUGUUCCUGGCUCCGUCCCGCCGCUCAGCCCGAAACGACACGUUCGCUCGCGGCGCAUUGCCUGCCAGCACAAGGUCCAGAACCUCCACACGUUCAGUCAUUGAAGAUUCGCCUCCCAGGGUUGAGGAAGUCCCUCCACUGUCAGUACGGCGAGAUGACGAGGAUGAGCAGUCAGACAUGUACGCAGGUAGUCUGCGUCACCCGCCGUCUGUCGCUGAAUCAAUCCACCCAAUCCCACUUGCACGAAAUAUGGACGAUGACCCUACCCCUUCGGAACGUCAAGCCAUGCAGUCGUACCGAAACGGCAGCAGUACUAGCGGCGGCAGCAGCCAUUCGUCAAAACGAAGCAAUAGGAAAUACGGCAUCUUCUCCAAGAAAUCAUAUCGUGACCCAGAUGUCAACGCCAAGGCCAGAAUCAGCUUCGCAUUUGGCGUCACCUUGUUGGUUGCGGUAGUGGUUUAUUUGGUCCUCGCGACCACGGGCGUGGGUAGAAAUACAAUGUUCCAUGUCCUCUCGAUCCUCCUGAUCCUGACCUUGACUGGGGUCUUCAUCCACCAACUUAUUCGCAUGUUCAUGCUCAUGCGACGACCGAGAAGGCCAAGACACCGGACAACCCGCGGAACACGACGCCGGCGUGUGGCAGGAGAAGCUCGAGGCCACCGCGACGGAAGAGGGAGACAAAAUGAGCAAAUUGAUGACUUGGUUCUUGAAAAGCCCAUCGAGAUACACAUGGCUACGGACACUGGCUUCGGCCCAGAUGUGGAAGAUCACGCAGCAAUUCGAAUCCCCCCACCCGUCUACGGUAACACUCGAACAAGCAUGAGAUUGAAUCCGGAUUUAGUCCACUGGAAGGAGGUACAAGUACCGCCUACGCCUCUGACGCCCACGUACGAAGAGGCAUUGAACGAAGUACAUCAGACCGUCGGAUAUCGUCCACCAAGCUACUUGUCGGAAAGUGGUACGACAGCGGCGAUGGAGAAUCGGGCUAGGGACGUUGAUACUGCGCUUGAAAGCAUCCAUCCCUUGGAGCGCGAACGGAUGAGGACGUUGACAGCAGCUGCGCUCGAGGGCCAUGGCAAUGCCUCUGCGUUGUAACCAAUUCGCAGAAGACUCUUUCAUCUAUUGGAAAAUGAGAACAUCCCUUCAAGACUAGGUAUUGUGGGGGGAACUGCCUAUGAUCUUACACAGUACGACAGAAAGAG